AUGUUGAUCUUGUUGAUUCUGUCGACAAUUGUUUGUUCUGAAGCCUACCGUAAAGGCUACAUGCUACGAAAGGGCUCCAAGUUGGAGAAACAACAUCGAAGAAGCCUACACGAGUGGCGAAAGGCACACAAACAUAAACAUCAUAGAAAGUAAGUUGUAAUACUGUAUUUUAUAAAAACGCACGCAUUUUCACCAAAAGUAUUUUUUUUAAUUUUAAAAUGUUUAAGGACUAUUUUUUGAGUAAGCAUCGUAUAACAUGUCACUCGCAGACUGCAAAGCUAUGUUUUAAAACAAUACUUUUCGUAAAGUUGAAAAAUGGUUUUAUACUUGGAAAUAGCAAGAACUUUCUUUACAAAACAAAAAAUGGCAAGAACUUUCUUUACAAAACAAUGAAUGACAAGAACUUUCUUUACAUAGAAUUUGAUCUAAUUAUAUUUAUUCCAGACGCCAAUCAAUGGAAUUUGAAGAACUUUUAAUGAAGAUGGACUCUUUUAUUCGUCCUCGAUUUGGCUAA